UAUGGGUUUUGGUCUGUCUUUUAAACAUUGCAAGAGAACUUUUCUCUUUUGCUUUAGAACAAGGUGAAACUCAGCUUUCUUCAAUGCUGCUCAAAGAUAAAAUCUUCAAGCUUCAUGCAAAACCAAGUUCUUAUUUUCUCUUUUCUUGUCACUUUCAUAUCAUAUAUACUUUUUUCUUUUAACAAAGGGUUCUGCUGCUAUAUUUUAUUAAGGAAGAUUGUGAGAGUUCGAAAUUAGUGUUAGCCUUUUUAAGUUUAUGCAACAUUUUCCUCCAAGUAAGACGGCUCUAAACUUUUAGUAUAAGGUUUUUACUCUUAAUCUCUUUUUAAGAUCCUCUUACAAAGAUCUCGUAUUUUCUUUUUUCAAGAACCUGUUCUUGUUUUUUUGUGUACCUUUUUUUUUUUUUGCACCAGUUAAGUUACAUUAAUUCAAUCUUUUGUUUUGGUAAUAGAAAUUACAGACCCAAGUUUGAUCUCAUCAUUAAUCUGUAUUUCAUGUAUAUAUCAGGAAUGGCAGCAACGACUCAAAAGUGCAGGGUGUUGGAGAAAAACAAGUAUUGGAAAGAAUUCGAAUCCAACAGGCACCAGUUUUUCAAAAUAUUGAGGAUACCCAAAACGUUUACGGAAAAUUUCAGAGAGAAAUUGUUGGGAACAAUCCACCUUAGAGGUCCAAGCGGAUUCAUGUGGACUGUGGAAGUCGAGAAAAUGUUUAACCACGUGGUUUUUCAAAAUGGUUGGCCAACUUUUGUAGAGGAGCAUAGGUUGGAAAAGGCUUAUCUGCUUGUUUUCCGCUAUAUUGGCAACUCGGCGUUCAAUGUAGUUAUAUUUGAUUCAAGUGGGUGUGAGCGAGAAGGAUCAUACUUUGUUAGGGAACACACGAAUGCCUGUUCAAAUGACGGAUGCGUGUUAGACAAGGAAGAUGGAGAAGACUGUGAAGAUAUUAUAGACUUGGAGAAACCCCAUAUACAGAAAAGGAAGAUCAAGAAGGGAAGAGGAAGACCAAGUUCAAAAGCUGUUGACGCUGAUAAUCGUCAUCAAUCGAAGGCAAGGGAGGACAAGCAGCCUCGAGUUGGCAAAUCUGCUGUCGAGAGGGAAGUAUUGAUUGAUGGAGAUGACUAUGAAGACAUUAUAGAUUUGGAGAAAAUCCAUAUGCAAAAAAAGAUCAAGAAGAGAAGAGGAAGACCGAGCUCAAAAGCUGUUGACACUAUAACCAUCAUCAAUCUAAGGCAACAGAGAAAAAGCGGCCUCGAGUUAUAAAAUCUGCUGUUGAAGGGGAAGUAUCGAUCGAUGAAUCGGAUGGAGCCCCAGGGUGUGCAAUGGAGGACUGUGUAGAACAAAAUUUGCAAGGAUCAUAUAGUCUGUAUUUCAUAUCGAAAAGGCGAGAGAUAACACAGGAGGAGAAGCAAAGACCUCGAAAAUUGUCCAGACAGUAUCCAUCAACAAGACCCUCAUUUACCCUUGUAAUGAAGGAUUCUCAUGUUUACAAGUCCUUUCAAGUGACAAUUCCUAAAAGAUGGCAUCAGAGGUACAUGUUUGGUGAUGUUAGAAGAACUUUGUUGAGAGUCCCUCCUCAAAACAAGGUAUGGGAUGUAAGAAUCAGAAGCUCCAUAUUGGGGAACAGCAUUCACCAGAGGAUGGGCCAAAUUUGUCUUGGAUAACAACUUGGAAUCUCAUGAUACUUGUGUUUUCGAGCUCAGUGAUGAAGGCAAAGCCAACGGUUAUACCAUGGUCUUUGAUGUCAUCAUAUUUCGAGUUUUGGAUGAGAUUGUCCCCUUGAAAAAGUUCUCGCGGACACAGACUCGCACUGCUCGGCUCUGAGUUCUGACAAUAUGUAUGUAGGAAGUAGUUGAGAUGUUUAGGAUUUGGAUUUCUCUGAUGAUACUGUUCAAGAUCUUCUGAAGCACCUUAUAGGCCAUAUUUUCGAGAAAAUUAGUUCUUGAAUCAUCAAUAUUUUGUUGUUGAUGACACAUGACAGUAGUAUUCUGUGUAGCUUAUGAACUUGUUCAUGCUCUAAUUCUAAGAUAUUAUGACUUGGUGGA